CCUCUUGUUUUACCCUAUGCCCUCACUUCCUGAGUUAACCUCCCAAAUACAGGAUUACUGGUACCCAAGCCCUUAGCUCAGGCUCUGCUUUGGGAGGCCCCAACCUAAGACAGUGCUCCUGGUGCCCUGCGCAAGGAACCUCAAGUUCUGGCUGUUACUUGGGCUGAGGCCUUUCUUUUCCCUUCCCCCAGUUCUAUCCAUCUGCCAGGCCCCCGUCAAAUCUCUUCAUUUCCAAGUUUUGCUUGACUUUUCCAAGAAGAGAGGGCUGCUGCUUAGUAUGUCCCUACUGCAUCCUUUCCUUUCUUGUCUUGUAUCCUUGUACAGCCUGGAAAUGGGAUCUCUUCAUGGUUGUGUGUCAUGACUCCCUAACCAUUAUGCCUCCAUGCAUCUCCUGUUCCUCCUGGAACCUGGCAGCAUGCCUUACAUGGAAAGGCUGUCACUGACAGCCCGGUGAGAGCCCUGAGGGUGGAGUGACUGGGGCAGGGCCCUAGGCAAGAGAUGGGAGGAGGUAGGCCAGAAGCUGAAGAAAAGGGGCUCAGCCAGACCAGGAGACUGGAAAACAGGCAAAGAUAGAGCAGAUGGGGGACUGAGUUGUUUGGGUCACCUUCUCUGCAGACCAGAGAGGCCAAGCAACAUACAUGCUGCAGAAGGUGGGCUGGGAGGAUUGGGGCCAGAGCUGGGGGAGGGAUGAGAACAGAAGCAGGACCAGGGUUAGGAUUCAGCAGAGUCCUCCUAUUUCCUUCCACGGCCAGGGAAUCUUACUGCCCCACUUCAGCUUCUGCUGUUUCCUGGCAAGGCAGGCUCUCACAUGCCUGGACACUUGGAUACGUUGGUGAUGGGAAGGAGUAGGGUGAGGGAGGGGCCCCAGGAGAGGCCCAGGAUGAGCCUCAUCUUGUCCCUCCCCAUUCUUGCCUUACCCGCUGCAAAUGUGAUAGGCACAGGACAGGAGUAGGCACCUCGCCCACUGCUGCUUAACCUUUCAGCUUCUCCAGGCCCCCAGUCGUGCUCGCUCCCACCUUGGCCCAGAAGGAUGUCGGUCUGCUACCGUCCCCCAGGGAACGAGACACUGCUGAGCUGGAAGACUUCGCGGGCCACAGGCACGGCCUUCCUGCUCCUGGCGGCACUGCUGGGGCUGCCCGGCAACGGCUUCGUGGUGUGGAGCUUGGCGGGCUGGCGGCCUGCACGGGGGCGACCGCUGGCAGCCACCCUUGUGCUGCAUCUGGCGCUGGCCGACGGCGCGGUGCUGCUGCUCACGCCGCUCUUUGUGGCCUUCCUGACCGGGCAAGCCUGGCCGCUGGGCCAGGCGGGCUGCAAGGCGGUGUACUACGUGUGCGCGCUCAGCAUGUACGCCAGCGUGCUGCUCACCGGCCUGCUCAGCCUGCAGCGCUGCCUCGCGGUUACCCGCCCCUUCCUGGCGCCCAGGCUGCGCAGCCCGGCCCUGGCCCGCCGCCUGCUGCUGGCCGUCUGGCUGGCCGCCCUCUUGCUCGCCGUUCCGGCCGCCAUCUACCGCCACCUGUGGAGGGACCGCGUAUGCCAGCUGUGCCACCCGUCGCCGGCCCACGCCGCCGCCCACCUGACCCUGGAGACUCUGACCGCCUUCGUGCUUCCUUUCGGGCUGAUGCUUGGCUGCUACAGCGUGACGCUGGCGCGGCUGCGGGGCGCCCGCUGGGGCUCCGGGCGGCAUGGGGCACGGGUGGGCCGGCUGGUGAGCGCCAUCGUGCUUGCCUUCGGCUUGCUCUGGGCUCCCUACCACGCGGUCAACCUUCUGCAGGCAGUCGCCGCGCUGGCUCCACCUGAAGGGACCUUGGCGAAGCUGGGUGGGGCUGGCCAGGCGGCGCGAGCAGGAACUACGGCUUUGGCCUUCUUCAGUUCUAGCGUCAACCCGGUGCUGUACGUCUUCACCGCUGGAGAUCUGCUGCCCCGGGCAGGUCCCCGUUUCCUAACGCGGCUCUUCGAAGGCUCCGGGGAGGCCCGAGGGGGCGGCCGCUCUAGGGAGGGGACCAUGGAGCUCCGAACUACCCCUCAGCUGAAAGUGGUGGGGGAGGGCCGCGGCAAUGGAGACCCGGGGGGUGGGAUGGAGAAGGACGGUCCGGAAUGGGACCUUUGACCCUGCUGCCCUUCCCUCUCCCUUUCCAUCCUCUCACCCUCUGGAGCUCAGUGUUCUGGAACAUUUGGGGACCCUUCUUUGAUUAGAGUUUGGAUCUGACUGGGUAGGAUUACUAUACACCUCAGGCAGGCCCAGGCUUCUCCAUACUGAGGGAUUAUGAGGGUGGUGAUGGUCCCUGUUAAGGACUAUUGCAUGCUUGCAAGUUGGCAUGUACCCAUGUGCCAGCACUGCUUACUUGUUGCCAAUAGCUGUUAUUGUGAAAUACACUGGGAAGCCAUUAGAUGAUGA